AUGACUUCAGCUGAGCCAUGGGUGAUGGCCAGCGCAGUGGCGCAGCAGCAGCAGGCGGGCGAGGGCCGUCGAAUUCCCUCGACCCCCGUAGGUAUGUUUAAAAAUCUACAGACACAGAGUGUUCCUGCUGAAUCUUUCCACCCUACUAGAUCCGCAAAUGAAUGGAUGGGGGCUCGAGCAGCUACGGAGCAACUACCGGAGGACAAAGAAUGGGCACCAAGGACACCGCCCCAGCUAGUCGUCUCAAUCAUUGGCCAGCUCCUAAAGCUGCUCCCAGACCCACCCAGAUGCAACCCAAGCAGUGCACAUGAGGACAUACCACACAAGAGGGAGAGCAUAGGCGGCGGUUCAGCAUCACCGCUUCCUCUUCAGGAGCCUUCAUCUGGAGGCUUACCAACCACCCCCAGUGCACCUGUCCCGAUAAAUUCCCAGUCACCUUAUUCUCAAGAUGGGCUACUGCAAGAACAUACCAAUACUACAGUGUCCAUGAUUCAGUCACCAGCUCAUCCGCUGUCCGCCCCGGUCGUUGCUGUAUCACUGAAGAUCAACUACGCAGAGUACCCUUGCGUCUUCGUCGUACAGUCCCGAGACUUCCAGCCCUAUGUACAGGUCCGUAAGAGUUCCCAACCUGCUGUGCAUAUCUAUGCGAAGAUUCCAUUGCACAUUGAGGACCAUUUUGACAGUUCAUUCAAGAGCAACAGCCCCAGCCCCACUUUCCCUGGGCCCCUCGUGGUGGAGGGGCCAUCGAAAGAGGAAGAACUGGAGGGUCUUGUAAACCCAUACAUCCGUGAUAACCAGCCGACAAUUUUUUUCCAUAGGGAUUCCGCAAACCAGAAUGGCCAGCACUGGAAACCCCGCAUCUGUAUAGACACCACUUCCAUGUGGUGGCCAAGCAUACAGUGCACCUUCGCAAGCAAAGCGACCGGCUACGCCACUUCAGGCUUUAAUGCCUGGGGCCGUUGUUUCGCUGAAGAGAUGACUACCGGCAUCUCUAUUUCAGGUCCUAUUAAGCCGCUCACCAUGGAUUUACCGUACUGA